AUGGCGGAUAGACUAGAUCUCAUCAUUUUCGGGGCCAGCGGUUACACGGGCCGUUUCGUGGUGCCAGAAAUGCUUCGGAUAUGUAUAAACUAUCCGGAUAUCCGAUGGGCGAUCGCCGGCAGGUCAAAGAGUAAAUUGGCGCGCGUUUUGAGAGAUUCUGCGAAAACCGGCGAAGACACAUCAAGCAUUAAAAUAAUAUGUGCUGAUGCAACCAACUACGAGUCUCUGAAAGUGAUGUGCUCUCAAUGUAAGGUUGUGCUUAACUGCUGCGGGCCGUACGUCACAACCGGCGAGGCCGUGGUUAGAGCGGCCGUUGAGUGUCAGACACAUUACAUGGAUGUGUGCAGUGAGCUCCCGUUUUUAGAGAAAAUCCUAGUAAAGUAUGAUGAGGCAGCUAGAAAAAGGCGUGUCUUUGUGAUCAACGCGUGCGGACUGGGCUGCAUCCCCGCUGACCUGGGCGUUGUAUUCUUGCAGCAACAGUUUCAAGGCACUCUGAAUUCCGUAGAAGCUUAUUUGAUGACGCAGAUGAAGGUGUCCAAGAAAUGGCCCGCCAAUGUUAUGAGAGAUAGCACGUGGGAGGGCUUAAUUCAGGGAUUAACGGAAAAAUCAUUGUGGGAUCGGUCUGCUACAAAGGUCGUUAAACUCGAACCAGAACUGAAACAAAGGCCACUCAUCCACAAGAGAUUCAACCGCUGGUCGGUACCCUACCCAGGGGCUGAGGAGACCAUCGUCCAAUGGACCCAAAAGCACAUUAACUCCCGCCCCAUCCAGUUCAAACGAUACCACGCUUUCCCAUCCUUAUUCGCUUCUAUCGCCGCUACCAUUUUCGGUAUAUUUAUGUUAAUUUUCUGCAAAAUAUUCCGUUUAUCAACAUUUCUCGUAAAGUAUCCGCGUCUAUGUUCAUUUGGCCUUGUGACGUAUGGCGACCCGGAUGAAAAGUUGAUGGAGGAACUCAGCUUUGAGUAUAAGAUGUAUGGGGAAGGCUGGAAAGGGGAGGUGGAAGGGAGGCCGAAGGAUCGGAUCAUGGCGAGAAUUUAUCCUGAAGGAAAAAACGCACCGUAUGAGGGAACAGCGGUGGCUGCGGUAUACGCUGCACUCACGCUUUUAACAGAGCGAGACAAAAUGCCAACUACGUGA